AUUGAUGCCUCUGGUGUGUUUAAGUUUUGGGCAUAUUCUGAAGUUCGAUUCUCUUUUGUAACAGAAAAUUCAAUCUCUGUCUCUUUAAUAAGUCAUUCAAUUGUCUCUCUACCUCACUUGUGUUUAUUGCCAGUUUUUAUUUUUCUCUCUCAAGCUCUGUGGUUCAUUUUCAGAGGGUGUUGCUAUGCUUGGUUACUGAAGAAAUCUCCGUUAUUGAACAAACUUUUAUGGGUGCUUGUGAAUGGCUUUUGGAGCUAGUUUGUGUUUGUGAUGUAGGCGCUGAUGAUGAUGGCAGUGUAGCAGUGUUUGUUAUUAGUUGAUGGAAUUUUUAUAAUCUCUUCUUCGACAGAUUCCAUUUACAAUCAAUUUUAACAUGAAUUUACAUCUCUGAUAUUUAGUUGAGAUUCUUUGGUGGAUUUCACCAAUUUUUUACAAAGACCUUAUGUCAGGCUUGUUAUUGUGUUAAACUAUAUCUGGCAGUUAGAGACAUAAGGAACUAGUGUGUCAAACUUAAAAAUAUUAGUUUAUAACAUUUAAAAUGGAGGUGGCAAUUUUACCGCAAGAACAGAAGCAAAAUAUUCAGACUCACACUCGAAAGGCUUUAUCUGGGGGUUCUCAGAAAGAUUUGUGGCGUGUUGUGCGUGAAGGAUCCUUGGCUGAUGUAGAUUUGGCUCUGGCACUACUUAAGAAGAAUGGAGGUAAUAUUAAUUCAAGAAACAUGUUUGGCUUGACUCCACUUCAUAUCGCAACUUGGAGGAACCACAUUCCCAUUGUUAGGAGGCUUCUCAUAGCUGGAGCUGACCCUGAUGCUAGGGAUGGAGAAUCUGGAUGGAGUAGCCUUCACAGGGCAUUUCAUUUUGGUCAUCUUGCAGUAGCAAGUGUCCUUCUUCAGUCUAGUGCUUCAAUUACAUUGGAGGACUCUAAAUCUCGCACUCCUGUUGAUCUCCUGUCUGGGCCUGUAUUACAGGCUAUUGGAGGUGGAUGUGAUUCAGUGGCCACUGAGGUAUUUAGCUGGGGAAGUGGAACCAAUUAUCAAUUGGGAACUGGAAAUGCUCAUUUACAAAAGCUACCUUGCAAAGUUGAUGCACUUCAUGGUUCUUUAAUUAAACUGGUCUCUGCUGCAAAGUUCCAUAGUGUAGCAAUUAGUGCUCAUGGGGAGGUUUACACCUGGGGUUUUGGAAGGGGGGGCCGUCUUGGCCAUCCGGAUUUUGAUAUCCACAGCGGUCAAGCUGCAGUUAUCACUCCCCGUCAGUUGACAUCUGGUUUAGGGUCCCGGCGGGUGAAGGCAAUUGCAGCUGCUAAACACCAUACUGUUCUUGCUACUGAGAGUGGGGAAGUCUUUACUUGGGGAUCUAAUAGAGAGGGUCAACUUGGCUAUACUGUGGAUACUCAACCCACACCUCGAAGAGUGAGUUCUCUGAGGUCAAGGAUUGUUGCUGUUGCGGCAGCAAAUAAACACACAGCUGCAGUUUCUGAUUCUGGUGAAGUUUUCACAUGGGGCUGUAAUCGGGAGGGUCAACUUGGUUAUGGCACUUCUAACUCCGCAUCCAACUAUACUCCAAGAGUUGUCGAAUACUUGAAAGGCAAGACUUUUACAGGAGUUGCAGCAGCUAAAUAUCACACAAUUGUAUUAGGAGCUGAUGGAGAGCAGGUAUAUACAUGGGGUCAUCGGCUUGUUACACCAAGACGUGUUAUAAUUGCAAGGAACCUGAAGAAAAGUGGUAGUGUGCCUUUGAAGUUUCAUCGCAUGGAGCGGCUUCAUGUGUCAUCUAUAGCUGCAGGAAUGGUUCACAGCUUGGCUCUAACAGACGAUGGCACAUUAUUUUAUUGGGCGUCUUCAGACCCUGACCUUAAAUGCCAACAGCUAUUUUCAUUCGGUGGGAAAAAAGUAGUAAGCAUUUCUGCGGGGAAGUACUGGAAUGCUGUGGUUACGGCUGUGGGUGAUGUUUAUAUGUGGGACGGAAAAGAAGGUAAAGAUAAACGGCCAGCUGUCACAAGGUUACAUGGUGUAAAAAAGGGCACUGCAAUAUCAGUUGGUGAAACACAUCUCUUGAUUCUUGGUUCUCUCUAUCAUCCUGUCUAUCCUUCCGGCAUGUCUGAUUGUCCUCAGAAGCAAAACUUACAAGUUGAUGAUGAAGUAGAAGAGUUCAACGAAGAUUUUAUGUUUGAUGAUCCAGAAUCUAAUUGCAUGCCUUCCACCAUUCGGAAGGAUGAUUCUGAGCAAAGGUCUGCACCAAGCUUAUUAUCUCUCUGCGAAAAAGUGGCCGCAGAUAGUUUAGUUGAGCCACGAAAUGCCAUACAGAUGCUUGAAAUUGCUGAUACACUCGAGGCAGACAAUCUGAAGAAGCAUUGCGAGGACAUUGCUAUUCACAACCUUGACUACAUUUUAACAGUUUCUUCCAAUGCUUUUGCAAGUGCUUCACCUGAAAUUCUAGCUAAUCUUGAAAAUCUACUAGAUGUAAGGUCAUCUGAACCUUGGAGUCAUCGUAGGCUCCCAACUCCAACCGCUACUUUUCCUGUAAUUAUUAAUAGUGAAGAGGAAGAUAGUGAACUUGACAUUCCAAGGACACGAGACAACCACAGCAAGAAGUCCACCUUCAGGGCUGGAGAACAAAGAUCAGACGUGUUUCUAGAAACUGAAGAUGGUAUUAAUAUCGUCAUCUCUCAAAGAGUUCGUGCAUUAAGAAAGAAAUUGCAGCAAAUUGAGAUGCUCGAAACCAAGAAGUCAAAGGGGCAUAUUCUCGAUGACCAACAACUUGCAAAGCUUGAAACAAGGUUCGCUCUUGAAAGUUCAUUGGUUGAGCUGGGUGUCCCGGUUGAGGCGGUGCAGUUAAAAACGCCAGUUGUAGUUUCAUCAGAUGCCAAAGGAAAUAAGAAGGCGGAGGUUUCUAGAAAACAAAGGAGAAAGAGCAAACUAAAGGUAGAAGUGGAAACAGUGUCUGGGUUUACUCGAACUGAAGUUGAACCGAGCCUUGUAAAGGAUUCAUUAGAUGUUGAGAUCUCUGAGAAUUCCAUGAAUAAGGGGAAAGAAACCACUAUAUUUGAAGAAAGUGUAGGAAACCAAUCCUCGGAAGAACUUGCUAUGCUUGUUCGAAAGAAAGAAAAUUCCGACUCAACCAAAAGUAAAAUUUCAUCUCCAGCAGUAUCUAAGAAGAAAAAUCGCAAGGGUGGGCUUUCAAUGUUUUUGAGUGGUGCUCUGGAUGACUCCCCGAAAGACACUGCUCCACCUCCUCCACAAACACCUAAAAAUGAGGGCCCUGCUUGGGGUGGGCGUGGGGCUAAGACCUCUAAAGAAUACGCGUCACUUCGUACAAUCCUGGAUGAGCAGAGCAAGAUUAAGCCGAGCCAACCAACAAGGAAUAAAGACGAUGCGGUUGAUCUCUCUGAUGGUAGAAGUGAUGGGAAAGUUAUGCUGAGUUCCUUCUUGUCUUCAAAACCAAUACCUGUAGUUGCAGCACGGACUUUGGAGGCAUCUGAAGCAGAAAGAAGCCCACCUCCCUGGGCUUCUGGAACUCCUCCGCUUCCUUCGCGGCCAUCACUCAGAGACAUCCAAUUGCAGCAGAAUAAUUCUCAUAGUCCGAAGACAAGGACGGCUGGAUUCUCAAUUUCAACCAGUCAGACUCAGGGCUCACCGUCAGAUUCUCCAGGGAUGAACCGCUGGUUUAAACCUGAGAGCAAGUCGCCCUCAUCGAUUCGUUCAAUUCAGAUCGAAGAGAAGGCUAUGAAGGACUUGAAGCGGUUCUACAGCAGCGUCAAGAUUGUGAAGAACUCGACUUGAAUAAGAAAAGCAGAAUAAUUUUUUUUUCUUCUUUUUCCAGUUCACUCCAUCACUGUGAAUUUAAAUGUACAGAAUGAUCUCUUUGUACAUUCAAGUCUUUUAAUUCUUAAGAGUAGUUGCUACCUCUCAUCAGCCAUUAAUUUAUCUUAGCACUAUGAAUGUA